AUGUUUGUAGUGGAGAACGACCGCAUAUGCCGUGAGUCCGCGGUCUCCGUCGGCGAGGGUGGGCGCGUCUCAACGAAGGCGAUGCGGAGACCCGUCCCGGCAGCAGUUAUCCAACGGCGUACCAGGCAGAGCCUCGUCUCGACGAUGCCGGCGCAGUUUUUUAUCCGACCAUCCAUCCAGCGAAGUCCGCAGUACACUGUGCACGCGGCACAAGCGCACAGCGCCCUCACCUGGUUUAGCCCGCAAGUCGAGACGGUUGCCCGAGGUGUGGCCGCUGAGCAGAGCCCAGCUUCGUGGAGCCACAGGUGACAGUUCGGUGCAAGCAAAUGGACGCUAGGCGUAGUCUCACUUGCAAGCAAGUGAGCGACCAAUACGACCAUCACGUGAACACACCGUUGGACAAACCAACAUCCCAAACUUCAACUUCUAAGGACAGCGCAAAAUAUUUUCCAGAAAAUUAAUAAUAAUUCCUUAGGAAAGACCAGUCGCGGACACAUAAAAACAAGUAAACAUAAAUUUCAUAUGUGUAAAUUUUCAACGAGGUAGGCAGAAUCUGUACCAAAUGCAAUUAGGGUUUCUGAAUUUGUAGUCCAUUAAGAAAAAAUGUUGAGCGAGCGAUGAAAAAAAUCCACUCAAAAAUUUAAAAGUGAAUGCAUUAAUUUUACAGGAGAAAAAAACACUCGCUAAAAACAUUAACAGAAAAAUUCGGGUAGGACUGACCUGCAUGUGGCGGUAUAUAACGGUUUAUAAUCAGACAUCGUCAGAGCAGAAAUAAAUGUCAGCCAUUAGGGGUAGGUAUGUGGGUCGGACAGGACUGGCCUGCAUAUGGUAUUGUAUAACGGACUCAAAACGGACAUCCUCAGGACAGAAUUCGUACACCAGAUGAGACUAUUCGCGUCAUAGUGGCCAUACGAGCAGAACCCACACGCGAUCGGUUACAGUAAGCUUUGAGCCCAGCCGAGGAGUGGGCAAGGGAGGUACGACCAAACUACGUGUAGACGACGAAUACUGAGGCUUCCGCCGUGAGCGUCAACAGACCGCUUGAGGUCGAAAUGCGGAAGAUGACAUCAAGAACCGCGAAAAUCGUCGCUAUGCAGAGGAGUGAUAGCAGUGGAUUUAGAAACCAAGUCAAAACAGGGAAUCGAUUGAUAUAAUUGAGGGUUUCGACUUGAUCUACCACUAAAUCCCAGGAGGACCCUCCUCGAAGUCAAGAAGCUGAGUGUUCGGGAAUGAGACCGUUGAAAGUGCCUUUAUAAUUUCCGAUUUAAGGUGUUUGCGUAAUUUCGACUUGAAUAUCGGUAACUUAGACGAUGACCCAAUUUGUGGUGGAAAAUAAUUUCAGAGGAAGGCAUAUUUGGAAGCAGAGAAGAGGGAGCGCUUAGAUGUAGUGCGAGGAGUUUGCGGAAUCACCAUGAAGGAGAUGCGCUUGACAUAAGACCGAGCUUUCGGAGUUAAAGUGUCAAUACGUGGAAGAUUGGAGAUAGAUUUAAUGCGAAAAAGGAAGCAAAGGCCUGCCAAACUUUCUGGUCCCAUUAUUUUUCAGAAUAACCCACACUACGAAUGCUUCACCACAAAGCACCUCGGUUUAAGUUAUAGAAAUAAACUUGCUGUAUCACCUCAUGAUGAUAGAAUUUCUGCCAAAGCCGCGCAGAUAUGUGGGUUCAUAUCGUAUAAUAUCUUCUUAUGUCUUAUGUCAAGCGCAUCUCCUUCAUGGUGAUUCCGCAAACUCCUCGCACUACAUCUAAGCGCUCCCUCUUCUCUGCUUCCAAAUAUGCCUUCCUCUGAAAUUAUUUUCCACCACAAAUUGGGUCAUCGUCUAAGUUACCGAUAUUCAAGUCGAAAUUACGCAAACACCUUAAAUCGGAAAUUAUAAAGGCACUUUCAACGGUCUCAUUCCCGAACACUCAGCUUCUUGACUUCGAGGAGGGUCCUCCUGGGAUUUAGUGGUAGAUCAAGUCGAAACCCUCAAUUAUAUCAAUCGAUUCCCUGUUUUGACUUGGUUUCUAAAUCCACUGCUAUCACUCCUCUGCAUAGCGACGAUUUUCGCGGUUCUUGAUGUCAUCUUCCGCAUUUCGACCUCAAGCGGUCUGUUGACGCUCACGGCGGAAGCCUCAGUAUUCGUCGUCUACACGUAGUUUGGUCGUACCUCCCUUGCCCACUCCUCGGCUGGGCUCAAAGCUUACUGUAACCGAUCGCGUGUGGGUUCUGCUCGUAUGGCCACUAUGACGCGAAUAGUCUCAUCUGGUGUACGAAUUCUGUCCUGAGGAUGUCCGUUUUGAGUCCGUUAUACAAUACCAUAUGCAGGCCAGUCCUGUCCGACCCACAUACCUACCCCUAAUGGCUGACAUUUAUUUCUGCUCUGACGAUGUCUGAUUAUAAACCGUUAUAUACCGCCACAUGCAGGUCAGUCCUACCCGAAUUUUUCUGUUAAUGUUUUUAGCGAGUGUUUUUUUCUCCUGUAAAAUUAAUGCAUUCACUUUUAAAUUUUUGAGUGGAUUUUUUUCAUCGCUCGCUCAACAUUUUUUCUUAAUGGACUACAAAUUCAGAAACCCUAAUUGCAUUUGGUACAGAUUCUGCCUACCUCGUUGAAAAUUUACACAUAUGAAAUUUAUUUUUACAUGCUUUUUCGGACUGCGAUUUAUGUGUAAUAAAAUUAUUUUAUGUUUAUUUAUUUUAUUCUAAAUCUUUUCACCCUAGACUGAUAUGGAGUAUACUGCGUGAAUAUGUAUGAGUAAUUCAAGGGGACAUGGGAUGGUUUUCUGAACUUUCUCAAAGGCCUUUUUCAAACCGAAGGUUGAUUUAGCUUCUGCACUCUAGACUUUACCCGAAAAUUCUAACCCUAGCACUAUCUCCAAUUGCAAACUUAACCCUAGUUACGCGCUACUAUUAUCAGAAAUGAAGUCUUCCAAUAAAAGGGUUGACCGGACGUCUCUGAUAUUGUUUCACUUCCAGUCAUUUCUUUCCCCAACGCCGUCAGCCAGGAAUGCUAUGUAAAGUACGAGCUGUCUCGUGGUGGUGGCUUUGCAUUUCCUCCAGUGUUACUGUCUUCUCAGACUUCUUCCGCAUUAGCAGUGAUUCGUGUUUUCUCCAUGCAAGGCAGUAAGUAGCAUGCACAUCUAGUCUUGUAGUACAAACGCACGGCAGAGUACAUCGAUCUAAAUGUAGAACAUUUAUAAAAGAUGAAACUAUUCGAAAAUAGUUUUCCAUUCAUAUUUUCUUCCGAAUUUCUGCUUGCGGGAGAUCUCCUCUUGAAUUUCUUCUUGCUGUUUUCCAGUAGCAACUAAAGAAUCGGUUCAAAUCGAAAUGCAUCCAAUCGGGACAAGAGUACAAAAAGGCCACAUUACAACAACAGGGUCUCGCCGUGUAACGCCCCUUGGAACGAACAGGACUGUUUGAAUGUGUGGGCACUUUUCGGCGCGCUGACCUUGGCUGGAGAUGGCGUAACCGCGUGCUGGUGAAGAUGACCGGUGACACUUCCUCUCACUUCUGCCGACCCCUUCCUCGCAUCGUGCCGUGACUUCCGUAUCGUUCUCCUCCGCUCUACGUCGGCACCUCCCUCGGCCCUCCCCUGCUGUUGCCCACAGCGCUACAUUCCCCAUCGGUUACUUAGCUGGCAUGUCGGUAUCGUCUCUUCACCCAGACAGGUUAUUCUACAGCUCUAACUCAUUUUUCCUGUACUGUUAACGAUUAUUACACGCAUUUCCCGUCCUCAUCUCGUUAUAUUACACUAUAUCCCUUACACGACAUGUCUUUUUGUCCUGUGUAUGGAUGCGUAUCAAGAGAUGUUAACGGUUCUGUUCAGAUCUACCUCCGCCAAGAUCUCCUCCCAGCGUUUACUUACGUUAGUGUGUGCUACCCUUGACGUCCUCGGCCGCUACAGCUGCCCUUCUAUGAUUUGAACCCGCCAGUAAAACAACGAAUCACCGAACAGGCCUCAACGACCAAUAAAGAACGUGUGCAGGGCCUAAGGACCCUAUACAGGUUCUUCUGGCAAGUAGGCCAGGCUCUUUAUCAGGACUAUCCUAGGUCUUAGUGUGCUUUGCAAAAAUCUCAAAGCCGGUUCCUUCUCUGUGCAGUUUUCCCACCCAGGACGCAUCUUCUAGACGAUGUGGAGAUGGAGUGUUUAAAGGCGUUUCUCAAUGGUCUAAAGUCCCUUAUCGGGAUAGCCUUAUUCUAUGCGUUCUCUAUGACUUUAACGUUUUUUAAUAACAAUAUCAUCAAGGUACUUAGGCAACUGGAAAUGCUCACUUCUUAACCAAAAUCUAGGCAUAUCCGUUCCCACUGUCAAUUACCUUUUUCCAUUUACUCAUGAAAUUUACUUUUGCGUGCAUUGCACGAUCAGUAAUUUCUUUAUAUCGGGGUGAACAACGGGUAGAAAUUCCAUGGUGCUCCUACGUUCGUGAAGUUUCCCCAACAGGUUUCUGGCCUUUCGUAACUAUUUUUUUAGGAAUCGCAAGUGCGUUGGACAUUGGCCUGUCUAACUGGAGUUUUGAAUUUAUUACCGUGUCCUUGUAAGCUUGCUUAAUUGACGACACGUCUUAUUCCAAAGUUCAGAUACACAAUGACUAAAUCGACAAGCAUUAUAUUUGUCUUGCUAUUCGCAAUAAUUCUUAAACUGGAGAAGCCGGUAGGUAUUUCGGCUACAUUAUCGGCAGACCUUGUCCAUUUUGGUUGUUGUACUCUGCAUUUCUGGUGGCCUGUUCCUGUUCACAUAUCAGUCAACGCAGUUCGAUUGGAUUGGAUUCAUUCUCGUCCUUUCUGCGUCUGCCGUCAGUGGCAUUCGGUGGACGGCGGCACAGAAGCUGACGCAAAAAUCAAAAUUUGGUUAGUCACGUUGUUAGCAAAUACGUACCUUUAGCGCGAUUCCGAAGUGGUCCUAUUAUUCUAGGGGCAUUUGCCUUUGGUUCUUAUGUCAUAGUAUUCCCGGCAGGCAUUCAUAGUGAAAGUCACCAUUUGGCAAGUCCUUGUGGUGGACAGGCAGCUUAGUUAACUGGGCUUGGUCGUGGCGACUAAGGACCCUGAUAGUUCUCGCAUCAACACUGAUAGUGGGCAACAACAACCCUCUGUGAUGUUGUCGCUCGUCUCUUUCAACUUUUUGUUGCGCGAACUAUCAACAGAUCAAUGCACUUCCAUUGUUGUCAGCUACUUAACUAUACACCGACUGGUCAGUUUACUGUACAACCCACUGUGCUAUUUUUCUAUACGGUUACCCGUAGGUCCGCAGGUGCUGAGCAUCUGGGUAGUCAGUCUUAGUGUAAUUAUAAACGCUGGACAUUACAGACGAGCUAAUAGCGACAAGUCUCUUGAAAAAAUACCCCUAAAUUAGGAGCCCACAGAAUUUGUCGAAUUCGGCAACUCGCGUUUGCUGCAAUAUUUCGACGCAACUUCAAGUAAUGUGAGGAAGGCAUUUAAAGACGUUUGGACACUUUCUCUAUCUCCCGUUCUUUUAGAUCAAAGCUACAGCCUCUAAUUUAAUACCGGCUCCUUUUGGACGAUGUUGGGGGUCCUAAUUCAACAUUUGUCUCCUCUCGUCCCACCAGAAUCCUUUGGUGGUUCUUGGACCCUAUAUACUUUAUUUUCGCCACUAUAUAAAGUAUUUUACGGGGGAUCUCCUGACUUGGGGCGUAUCAACACAUGCGGGUGUCUCAGAUGGGACAUUACCGGCUGGUCAUGCUCCCAUCCUCCCAAGACGUUCAUCCUUAGGAAUGGUUACACUACCGCUUCGAUUGCGAGUGCUUUCAACCGCUUUUAGGUAUUCUAGCUUUCGUCGAAACUUUUUGUUAGUACCUAAUCCGUCAUGUCGACUAGUUUAGCAACAUUUUGCCUCUUGUAUCACUGGUAAACCACUACUUUAUAGGUUGCUUGAAUAUAGCUAGAAGAAGAACGUCCCUCCUGCUGGCUGUCCAGAAUGUACCACUAUUGAAUAUCGCUCCCUCGUUAGGUGUGCUAAAACCUCUGGUUUCACUGGCCCUGUCCUAGCACACAACUUAUUCACAACUGCAUUUCCCUUUUUUCUAUGCCUUUUGUGAAUACUAUUUUCGUCACUGUUAUCUUUUAUAGUCUUAUUCUACAUUAGCUUGUUUAUAUGCCUAUAUAGGCCUGGGCAACCCAUUCGAUGUCAUCUACCACACGCAGCCAUGGAUGGCGUUGACGCUCCUACCACUGUCUUUCUACUUCGAAAGUAAGUUGAAGUGACCGCGAUGGACAGACCAUUUCAAUACACUAGUGAGACUUUCCAUUGUGAAACUAGUUGGUCACAUAGCAAAAAAGUAAAUAUCAUACAGUUUCCCCUAUUUGUAAUAAGAAAUCUAACCUCUAGCCGUCUCCCGGUGUCAUUUUGCUGAAAACUUGAUGGUCUGCUUACUUGUUUACCCUGUUUUCCUUCACUACCAGUUAAACGCGUGACUUAUUGACGUGUUUAAACAUGUUAGGCCAAAUAUGAACCAGUUUAAGCCUCUGACUAGCGUGGGUGGUGUUUGCCUCCUGUUAAAGAUGAAACUAAAGUGUCGUAUGUAGAGGAAAAACCUGACACUGCUCUCCGCUUUAGCUCUGAUGCUUCAAAAUCACAUUACGAGGAAUCCAUCGAUAUCUCGUACAGUAGACUUCAUAUAAAGUAGUUGGCGUAUCUUGUGAAAUGUUAACUGUAGUUCUGAAAUGUGUUUUCGACUACAAUGAAUUGCUUGGGUUAGGUUGUAGCGCUGAUUAUUGUGCAGCAUAAUCCCAGUGUAUUUUAACCUCGAAAAGAUGCCGGCUUUUAACUGCGCUUUUUUCCGGCCUCUUACGAAAACUAAAUUCAAUAAAACUGGGCCCUCAUGUAGUAUACAUUCUCCUACUGGAUUGCGGUGCCGUUAUAAAUUUUAGCAUAUUUUACAGAAAACUUGCCCAAAAUAUCUCUUUUUGUACACGUUUGGGGUAAAUUACGUCAUGUUCCGAUUGUAUACUCAACGCAAUGGUGAUUUUCGGUUUGCAGUUUUGAGUUCUUUAGAGGCCGUUUAGUAAUUCUCCUUAUAAAGUAUGCAACGUUGUUGUAUUCAUUGCAAAGUUUUGUGAGUCCCGAAUGAUAUUUUCGUAAUGGCGUAGAGACAUUUAUGAUUUCCCAUACAUGGAAAGUAUACUGCUUGCCUUUUAUAGGCGCGAAACUAAGAGGCAACGUAAAUUCAGGUUCCGAAUUAUUCUGGAAUUUGCCAAUUUUUUGCUGAAAAUUUUGAACUUACGAUUUCAAAAUAAAGCGCAUUUCCUCUCUCUCUCUCUAAAACUGAAAGGUACUAUUUCUUCGAGUAUAGAAUUUGAAGAAGACGUGAUUCGCUGCGUAAUGGCUACAAAAAACUAUGUCCUAUGCAUGUUUCCUACAAAAUAUAUUUGAAUGUUUAAGGGCAUCGAAAAUAUAUGAAAAAAUGCCUACCACUUAAGCAGUCGUUUUUGCUGAACGUGGCCACUGCAAGCGGCCGAAAGGAAGCGCAUUCAAAAUCCGGCAUUUUGGCGAGUUCGGAAUAUCUUGGGAUAAUCAGCAUUACAAUCAAAUCCAGGUAAUCCUUUGUAAUUGCUAAAGAAAGAGACUCAAGGAAACUUUGAGGAGGACGUUAGAUGAGUACGGCAGUUUCCACCACCGAAAAGGACUUGUGGAAAUUAACACAUAGACCGGAAGAAUCUUUUCGGGCACGAUUUUCAUCGUUACUCAGAAAAAAACAGUCGUACUGAAAGGACGGGUUUUUCAGAUAGUCUUACUGCAAGUUACCUGAAGCGUUUAGGGAUCUGAGAGCUGAAAACCGCAGGCCGGCAAGCACAGCGCUAGCAGUACGUAGAGGGCUGAGGUAUGACACGCCGACUGCCUGAUAGUGUCGCAAAGCCCGAUGGCGACAGUGUCAUGACGAUCAUGAACUGCAAUUUAAAAAGUUUGCUUGACACCGCCGCGUUGGGCUUAGGUUCUUGAGUCGAAGUGCUGGCGAAGACAGCCUCUAAAAAACGAGCUAGACGACUAUUGGGGACCUGUCUGUACUCGAAAUCCACUAGAAACCACGUGCACUAUACGACCAAAGUAUUGCGAUUCGUCCCACGGCGUCUGUGGGGACCAACGCUCUUUGCAACCCUGGUACUGGCAAAAAAGUAUGAGAGUCGGACUAUUUGACUAAAAACGGACUUUCUUUAUCGGAUGCUGAAAUGCCCAAACGUUUCUGGGUCCUGCAACUAAGAGUUUAAUGGCGCCCAAUCUUCAUCAGUACGACAUGUGUGUCUGCUGCCUGUCUGACGUCUGAAUUUCCGACUGAGGCACACGGAAAAUUAAUAUCCCAGGUGCCAACUCUCACUCCACCCUAUACCACAGCCGCCGACGCAACUCUUCUGGUAGACACGGUGUGAUGAUCGCCCUAGCAGAGCAAGGUAACUAUGCAUGACCUAUUUGAAUGCCAGUCAGUUGCUGGCUAGCUUACGUACUUUACGGGCACUCGAUUAACGUGUGUUAAGUUAGUUUUUGAUGCCAAAUCGAUACAUGGUUCCGAAACUGACAGCGUUUUGGUGAGACCUUGUUUUCCUUCACACUGGCCUGAAAGUCCACCUCUAUCCGUCCAAAAUUCCUCAUGCGAAACGCCUUGAUGUCCUGAAAUUACAACAAUCCGGCACUGCCGAGGUCCUGUGGAUAGAAGUUCAAAUCGCUUUCCAACUAGAAUCAAGAUGGAGGUAGUAGCAAAUAGUCACCACUGAAUUCCCCAUUGCGCGAAACAGCUGACUUAAUUUUGGGACUUACGCAUUACGCUCCACCGACUGGGCCAGCUUAGGGACUUUACAGUUGUCUUACCGUAGGGACGACUCCUCCUUCCACCCCUGAAAAAUGACAAUAAAAUCGACUGAGAAAAACUGUCGAGCUGAAGUUGCGACCCCCACGAAGCAGGCCCCAAAUUCCGUUGACACUCGAAGGUCAAAUUAUUUACCAAGUUGUAAGGUCUCUGCACUGACUGACCGCGAUGUGUAGCCUAAUCACUGUUGACAACUCAGCUAGAGUCGAGCACCGACAUGAGCAUUUUAAGUGUCUUCCUAUGACCCUCUUCUCCUCUCCAGCAGAAUUUUGCUCCUUUUCAACUUAUGUAGUCUGGUUAGACUUCUGAGAGGUAAGUCGAUGGGAUGCCGUAGCAAGACAGCUGAAAAGAGCCGAGAGAAAGCAGUCUUUUCGUUGACGUCUGCAAGUCUUGUGAUGGUACUGACUCACGUUCUUCGUGAGUUAAUUGAGCAAGCGUAAAAAGAUGCGAUCUUUACUGAUUACUGAGCUCCAGCCGUCCCUGUGCUUGUAUUUAAGGUGUGCGAGAAUAGCUGCGGUGUCGGCCACGUCGACACGGUGGCACAGGGACUACCAAUCCUUCUUCUCAAUCGAUUUUGACAUGUGCGUCACCGGAGGACAAGGUCAGCCCGGUGGGGUUACUAUCGAGACACGACUGUUCUACCAAGUAUUUGCACUGCAGCGUAUUCGUGGACUCCGCUGUGGCUACUGAUAACUGACGUCCGUGCGCAUGGGUGAUUUCGCACCAGCUCUCGAUCUUGCCCAUUACGAGUCAUUGUAGUCGAUAACAAGUGCUGGAAGCCAUGCUGGCAACAAUCAUCGCGGUAGUCAGGGCCUGCUACUCCGUCACCACAACGCGACCUCUGGUGCACAACAAUAUCUUGCAGUUGUUUGCUAUUCGACCUGACCUUCGAUAAGGUUGUCUUCUGCCGCCCAUCUUGUUCAACUACACCAUUGGCUGGGCUCUCGGAAGGGCCUUAUGCGAUUUGGAUGGUGUCGGACUUGCGACUGCACGCCAGCUGACUGACCGCGACUACGCUGACGAUAUCGCCCUGUCAGUGGUGACCUUUGGAAUGUACUUUCAGGUGAAUAAUGUCACUUGAUCUGCUGGCUGGCCUUUCAAUGUUACAAAGAUCAGGGUGGUUUCGCGCCAAAUGUCUUAUCAGGAGAAGACACCUGUCUGUUAUCCUGGAAGGUGAUAUAGUUUUAAAUAUCUUGGGGUAAAGUUGCUCCCAAAUAGAUAGAGUGAAGACGAAAUGGUUGCCAGAAUCGAUGCAGCCGACAGCGUUCGCUGAUUGUACGACGUAUUUAUGCUUCCGUCGCGAUAUCUCCGCCCCCUUAUAGAGACGCGGGCACCCGUUCCUUCAUUUUUCCUGAACAGUUGCUGCGUUGUGCGCAUGAAGGUCGAGCAAAAACUGGAGGUGUUUGUCCAACUUUGUCGGAGAAUCCUCCUUCGGGUGAAUGCAUAGUAUCGGCUGUGACAGUCUGCAUUUCGUGCGACGACGUCGCAAAAAAUAUCCUUAGUCAGCCAGGGAAGAUAGCUGAGGUGGGUUGGUCAUGUUCUUCGUCAUAACCCUUAUAAAUUUAGUACUUCUACCAUUAGUGUGACUCUGUUUUCACACUGUAUUGAACGAAGAGGUCAGCUCGAUACCUGACCGGGCACAAUUCCCCAAGACUAGGAGAUAAUCCCUUGAUCUUCGGCAUUCUUUCCUCGAGGAGAGAAUAGGCCGGUCCUUUCAGAUCUGCCUUCUCAGAUUGUCGUACAUGAAGGAGUACAGCUCGGAGCAUCGUUGACGCUGGUUACAUCAGGCAUGAUCACAGCCGUUCCAGGUGUUACUGUGUCCUAGUAUUGUUGUGUUUUCUUCUUUUGUGACUGUAGUCUCUGAAGCCUUUCAUUUCUUCUACAGUAUCCCGCCCUUUUCCGUUUCACAAACCCUUCGUUUGCUGAUGUCUCCCUCUCCCCCUCCCCACUUUCAGUUAUGGAACUUCUAACAUCACCGCUCCUAUUCCGGACUGAAGCCUACCUCCCACUCUUUCGAACGCUGGGCCUUUUCCUCUGUGGCGCACUGUUGGCUUUUGGGCUGGAGUGCUCGGAAUAUUUUGUCGUCUGUCACUCAUCCAGCCUAACGCUCGCCGUUGCCGGCAUUUUCAAGGUUAUUUGGAGGUCUCUUCCUACUGACUCAAUAUUACAUCCGGAUGCUACGUGGACUUGGAAUGUAUUAUGAACAUCCGACAAGUAGCCGUAGCUGCCGCCUAUCCACUAAAUCUCAAGUUUAUGGUCAUACCAACAGCUAUUAAAACUGUGAUCACUGAAGCCCUAUUGGAACUGUUGAUUGCGGCAGAAGUUAGCACGAGCUUGAUAUCAGCAGCAACAAUGUUCAGUUUCAUUCAAAAGGCAAUUUGGCGAGCAUACGUCUGCUUUCGAUAAAUUCUCUUCAGGCCUGUACAUUUAUAUGGCUAUUGAAGUAAUGAAUGAAAAGAUAUAGACAAGUAGAUAAUUAUGCUGUAGCUCGUGUUUGGGGAGGGGAGGGGGAGAGUGAAACACCACAAUCCCAGUCAGCGCCAGGGAGAAGGUGGGUCCCGGCGAAGGUAAUUACAUGCGGGUGGCUGGCUUGGUGGCCUUGACUCUUGGCCAUUGUGGGGCCUCUGUUCGCAUAGGGCCGGUCCGCAUAGCCUGAUUGCAGCCGCCUCCGCCGUAGCUAACAAUGUUCUGUUUUGUUGCUAUUCUUAUGAGGAUUGAAAUUUUUGGGCGACUGCUGUUAUACCCGUUAUAAAUGCGGUAACUAACAUUUCGACAGAGGUUGAGAAAGUAGUUACCCUUCGUUCUGCUAUCGACUUCUGAGGAACUGAUCCUAACUUCAUUGAUUUCUCUGCAUCCGGAAAAUUUUUGACUCUAUCGACAGUUAUAAUUUCACAUGAGUUAUUUUUCCCGGCACUGAGCAUGACUCUUCACCAACAGUUCCAAGCCGUUCUCAACCAUGACGUUUUUAAAUCUUUCUUAUUCGCAAAUUUCUCAAGACUAACUCCAAGAGGUCCUUCGAUCGAGUGCUAGAGGACUAGAAGAUCAACAACGUCUGAUUCUCCCGCCGUUUACGAAAUAUUUGGUGCCAAGUUUUUCGUCUUCAUAUUCUUUGCGCUUUUUAAUGGGCUUCACCUAGACGACAUUAAAAAAAACCCGCUCACGAAGAUCUUCGAAGGAGGAACAAAUUUGGGUCAACAAAAGUUACUGCAGUAACAAAUUAGCGGGACGUUCCUUUAGUAAACUUCAUCCUUGCUCGACUUUCAUCUGGCUCUCUGCCCUUCGGACAUUGGGGUUUUAUUUAACCUCUAUUUCCGCAUGCUUGGAAAUAUUUUUCCAGACUUGCCCCUAUAGACAUUUGCACCACACGUGGUUCAUUCUUACCUACAUGUAGAACCUAUAUGUAGUUUCUUUGUUCCUUCGUAUGUACUGUGGCCAUUGUCACGUGCUAUUUUUUCGCUUUCUAUUCAUUGCCGCCCUUCAUGCCGAGUAAAUAAAGUAUAAAGUUGGAAAAAAGAACAUUUGUGAGGCCAUUCUGCAAUUCGUUUAGGACACUAUUCCUGCUUGCAGGUUUCUGUCUGAUCUUGCAUAUCACAUUGUUACGUAUUUUGUUUGCUUGAGUCCCCCACCAACAGCAACUUCGCCUCGGUCUCUUAGCCUGUUCGACUUUUUCCGGUCGUCGUGUUUUCCGAACCUCCUAGCCCAGGUUGAUUUAACUGUCAGAUUUUUGCGACUUCAUGUUCCCGCCAAGGCGUGGAUUCGGUCAGUGAUUGCCCGUGCCCAUAACAACCGCGUGUUCUUUUUUAUUAGCAAUGUCAUAUUUGUGCGCCCCCACGAGGGCGUGUUGCGCUGCUGUUGGCAGUGGUACAUUUAUCAUUUGAUCUCCCACAGCUGAGCGACGAAGCUUUUUUCAUCUAGGAGCUCAUCACCCUGUACUUGGCGGCUACUGUCAACGGCGAUGUCUCCAGCCCCCUCAACAAGAUUGGUCUCAUAAUCUGCCUCACAGGGAUCUGCGUACACGUUGGAUUGAAAUUCCUUAGGAGUAAGUUUGUUGGCGGUUUUGUCGGUGUUUCUAGCUGCCUUGUUUUUUUUCGGUCCAAAUUACUGUUACCACGCACUGGGCUGGCACGUUUGCUUUUCUGUGACUGCCUCUGUUAAGGGGUUCGAGUGAGAAUGCGAAACCUCAGGCCAAUAAACUCCUUGUUUCGGCGAUCGCGUCUUUUUUUUCUUCCGACCUCAUUCACUCCCUGCACGGACGCCUUUGAUACCCGUCUUGUAUAUGUUUAGAGGCAUGUAGCUGAUUGCCGUUCGGCCGCAUCUUCUUUGCAUGCUAGCACGCUUGGGCAUCCAUUUUGCAUGCGCUUUCCACCGGUACAAUCACCACCCUUUAUUUCUUUCAUGGGAGCUUCUUGGUCCUGCCGCUUUUCCUUCAUUCCUCAUCGUCAUCAUUACUCCGAAUCCGGCUAUCACUGCAGGUUUUUUUACCGUCUGGUGCUCUAUUUCGUGCCUUCCAGAUCGCCGGCUCAAACAAGCGACUGUGGUUACUCCUUCGUCAGGGAUUUUAGCUGAGAUCUCAGACAUGCGAAUGCACCCUAUUCGCGGCCGGACCCCACGACGCUGAUUAUGCGGUUCAGUCGGCAUUUCCACGCUCUUUUUUUACUAAAACGAGCUAUUUUCCGCUAUUCUUUCCGUUGGUCGGUCUCGUCUCCGUUUAUCUUUCUGCCGUAGGCGUUUUAUUCUUUCUGGUGAAUUGGCCCUCUUCCAAUGCCUCUAUUGCAUAAAGCUACUUGUGUUCCGCCCUUUGAAUAAGACUGGUUCGCUACGCUUAGUGACCUUUAGUGUUGAAUUCAAUUUCCUUCAGAAGGACACAUUCGGCAAAUCCCCGUCAGUCUGGUACAGUUAAGUAGCACACAUGAGUAGGCUUACAGGCGGUGACUUAGUUUUCCUGAUAUGCGCAGUUCAGACGGCUUCCGCUGGGGGUGUGAGAAGAAGAAAAGGAGGAAGAAGAGGAAUGGCAACACAUGCUGAUAUACCAUGAGCAAUUAUCCUGCGUCCAAGUAAAUGUGGGCUUUCGAUUUAUUGGCUGUGGAUCAUCUUAAUCGAGUUUUCUGCGUGAGAUUCUUAUGCGCACAGUGAGACACGUUGUUCGACCCUCUCAUCGUUGCUAACAAGCUACUCCAUGACUACUUCUGCUAUUUUGGCAGCACUCGCAAAGGUUUCAUUUGUACUCACACAUGCUGGCCGUGACCCGCCAGGCGGUUGAGCUGUUUGUCCUCUUAUUUUCCCUGACGCUGGGGGAGAGGCGGGGUGCUUUCUACCCCCAAUUUAAUCAAGUUGGCCUACUUCGCAGAAGCAUGCGAAGGACGAAGUCCGCGUGCAGGUCAUCUGAACUGUCAGUUUGUCAUUGUCUGUCCGUCAUAGAACUGGGGUUGCAGAGAACAGUACCCGGGAAGAGGCCAGAGUUACCUUUCUCUUUACUAGUUUCCCGUGUGCAUAAACCCGACAGUUUAACACGGGCUUUUGUUUUUGGUGACAGCCUCUCUAACUAUCAACCUUACAAAAGGCGACGCUUGAGCGCACCACAGCCGCUUUUAAGAGCCUCAUUCAGAGGGUGUAAUUCAAGGUCGAACGCCAGCACUUACCUGAACGCAGGGUAAUUGCUCUUCAUUCAUAAUAGUUCAUGGCAUAUCAGUACGGAUUCCCAUUCUUCGCCUAUCCCGAACGUAAACUUUUUGAACUGCUCAUUGCAAGCGAGCUAUGUCGCCUCUUGUAAGCUUACUCAUAUGCACUGUAUAACUGCUGGCCCGAAGAGCAUAUAUGGGAAACGUUCACGACCAUAAAUGGAUCCCCUCUCUCAAUUGCCCGGUGUACUAUAUAGGUACGCCUGUGUUCGAUAUAAGGGGAUGAACGAGUGCGUUGUGCUCACGACAGCUAACUGGGCCUACUUUAGCGUACGUUCCAACUAAGAGUCCCACCAACUACUCAAAUAUUUAAAGUCGGUAGGCUGUCCACCAGGAGAGAGCGCGGCACUCAAUCAGGUCCUUGAAAGCAAGUAAACCGGAGCAUUACAUAGCCAAACAUUUGCAUGAACUUCGUUCCACUGUUUUUCAAUGGCUGAGACGAUGUUGAGCAACGGGUGACUGUUAAUGGAUUCCAGCUAACGCUCGUCCUGCGAUAUGAGAUCAUCGUGGCUUGCUUGGAUGUAUGCAUUGUAAUCGGUUCGUAUCCCUUUCAGUUUUAGGAAACAAGAUGGAUUUCAAGUGUUUCUCCGUACUGUGAAAAGGACUUUGAUUAAAUACGGUUUGUAGAUUGAAAAGUCGCUGAAUCUGCCGUGGUUGGAUAGAAGUUAAUGCCCCUCAAUGGCGUGUCGCCAUUUGUUAUGUGGAGUAGAAGACAGACAGCGAUGACACAGCGAACAGCUUUACUGUGACACUCAUUGCGCGUACACAGGUUUCACAAUCCUCUUUUCUACGGCUCCGCACGUAAGAUCUGCGUCGCCAUCUGAUCUACGUAUUCCCAUUGGCUGAUCCCCCAGCAUUAGCGUGGGCAGACCCUUCACUGAUUGUCGGAACUGGGAUUUCACAUAAGACCAGGUAACGUGUCGAUUGCCGACUCGCGCACACGCCACCGUUUUAUGGCCUCGUGGUUGCCUGCCGCGUGCAAAUUUCGGAUGAUAACAAUGGCGCCUCAAGGUCGGGACCGUCAUAAGCGAGUUCGCUGGAAUUGGGCUAUGCGGCGCUUUCAUUAAUUUGUUAGUUAUUUGAACCGAUGGGUUACGGUUCCGAUUGAUAAGAAUUAACGGCAACUCCGGAGCUAUAUAUGAAGGAGCCAAAGAUUCCAAGGUGGAAUGAGUACCUUGACUAUUCAGAGUGAAGAAGGUUCUAUCCAUUUUUGAGCAACCGUCUGAAAUUCAUGAAAGAGCAGUCUGGUUCUCCCUGAAGAGAGCUUUGAUGGUUUGCGCUUGCUGGAAAUGCUACAAUCGCAUCCACUGUCAAUACCCCCAAGCCUGACAGGAUCGGUUUUCGAGAUGACAGUACAGCAGGUCAUCGACACCACCCCGUGGAAUGUUUCAGGACCCCUCCUAGCAUCCGAUGCCUCCCAUGACCGGAUGGGUCUUCUGACCUGCAUCUAAUAGCACAUGUUUGGGAUUUCUUCCGAUGGACGAUUUCCUGUACUGCGGACGUUUUUCCAACCCAGCCUCCCUCUUGCGACCGUCCGCGUUAUGGUAAAACACGAACAGAUCUCAUCGGCAGUACGUGGAAACGGGUUCGAGUUGUCGAUUUCAGUAUGUUCAAUUAUUUCAACUUCUGGUUUAUAUUUAGUUUACGCUGGGGUAGGUUAAUGGAAAGUGGUAGUUUAAAAAUGUGUCAGAUUGUUUGUAGUCAGGAAAAUGCGCUGGGUGCUGUGGGGUUUCAGUUCGCAGACUACCUCACUCUCUCAUUCUCCUCUCGACAGCCAAUCCACUGUCUGAGCAACUCAGUCAGCUGAUGCGGCGAUUGGACGCAGUGUCUAAUAGAGUUAGACAGCUCGUCUGGGCGUGCCACGCACACAUGCGACCUUGUAUCCACGCAGCGCGCCAUAAUUUCACUCUCUGUGCAUGCGUGGUGGAACUGUGAACAGGACAGUUUGGUAGCUGCUGUUGGCUUCACCACCACAAAUAAAAAUGCCGCACCGUCAGUCCACUAACUACAAUUCCACCCUGUCCUUACUGCCACCGUGCAUCAGCAUCACACAUCUACCUGGUUGACCAGUUUUGAGUUCAUCGCACGGAGACUGACGCGCCAGUGCCGGGAGCCCCAAUACACACCCGUCUCAAUUAUUUCACCUGCCAACACCUCCCAAGGACAUUCUAUCAUCAUAUGGGCCCGUUUCCCGAAUGCGUCUUCAUAAAAACCUGUGGUAUAACACCACGGAUCUUGCGUUAUCACCACGCCUCGUCUCACCGGGCUAUACACCACGCACGAAACCACCUCACAACUCUCGGCCUCGUGGUCUGCACUGUAUGUAUAUGUGGAGUGACUGGCUGGCUCAAUGUCUCCUUUAUAAAUGCACUGUCUCCCGCUCCUAUUGUCCUGACAUGCCGCGUGCGCGUGACAAGCUAACAGUCAAGGUCACGGACGUAUAUUCAAAACUAUCUGCCGAUUGGCCACUCUCCGGCCUAUGACAUUUCCCCAUGCCCUAUAACUCGCCGUGUCUCAUAAGACCUUGCCCUCAUGCUUUCUGCCGCGCUCAGUCCACGUCCUGCCUAAAACUAGACUUCUAUUUAACAUGACAGUUCGACCGUUGGCUUCGACUAUGUCGACCGUGUGUUCCACAGCAAGGUGAGGCAGGCACGGUGACUUUCGCAUGAAGUAGUUUAUGGCUAUAGUAGACUUUCACAACAUCUACCACAUUCUCUCCUCCUGCCCCACGUGGGCCCAGCGUCAAAACAUAAUCAAGAAGACCGGAAGUGAGGGAGGACGCAGGUGGGUGGCGCUGCCGGACCCGCAAUUAGGCGUACCACUACACCCCCUCGUCCACCGCGUACAAGUGACCGGGAUUUUGCACAUAAAUACGUACAUAACAGUACUGUGGUCUCAUUGCCACUUCCACGAGCGUGAAAUCCUAGCCGCCGUCUAUUCUGUGGAUACCCGGUACAUUGUGCGGGAGCCAGAUCCUGUGUGGCACAUGCGGGCGGGCUGUCAGCCGCUGCACUCGCCUCCGCCUCGCGUUCAAGUCGCCGGUGCUGCGCCCACUCCGUUGGACACGCGGUGGGCGUCGAGGUUAGCGACUUCCAGAUUCUCACAAAUAAAAUGUAAGACUUCGCCAUGGGCGUUACUCACUGCUUGUUUGAAUCCACUCGGAAAAGUAGUGCUAGUUGGACGAGGAGCCUUAACUUCAAAAGCAGCCACCACUCACCUGCAGCUCUCCGCCUUCGAUGGAGUGAGCAACUGGUGUUUCUCGAGGGGACGGCAAUCAAAAUACGAUGACCGAACAAAAUAUUUCUUUUAUGACUUUCCGUAUCGGUUGCUCUUGAUGCUGUUGACUGAUAAUAUCUCUUAAGAAGUCAAGUUCGGCAAACUUGCGUUUUUGUUUAUUCACUAUCAAGCCUGUACAGUAAUGUAAGGGAGGGUAGACUAGCAAAAGUUUCAACAGUGAGUAUAGGGAGGGGGAGAGUUGAGGGCGUUCAGAGGUCAGGAGGUAUAGUCCAGUUCUGUCAGCGGCUUAAGAGGGGAAGGUAUCUAACGAUUAGCUAUGUCUCCGUUUCUUCACUGUAACGCGACAUGGUGGGUGUAAACACACAUACUGCGUUUAUCUCUGCCUAGGGGAACCUUAGGACCAGUAAAAACGCCUUAUACAAGCAAAGGGUUGGAUUAGAUAACCGUAUGGCCACUGCCUCUGCCCUCGCACGUACCCGCUGGCGCAGGGGCUUGGAGUGUCCCGCUGCCGCUUUACACAUUACUCGGGAUGCUUGGUUGGCGUCUACCCGGCGGCCUCUGUCAGUCAAGUGAGCCAUAAUGGCGCUAGAGGCUGACUUUUCUACAGCUUCGUGCUCUCGCAUCCGCCUGGAUAGGCACCUACUUGUUCGACUAGCAUGACCUGGUCCACAGGAGCAAGUGAAGACAUAUAUGCGCAUUUAAGAGGUCUGAAAAAGCAGUCUAUCACUGUCUUCAAGGCCAAGGAGUAGAGUGCUUGAGGAAACUAGUGUCACUUAAACGGCUGUGUGGGUGCGCGUGGUAGCAGAGUUUAGUCGGCAGUGUAGAGAUUCGCUCGCCAGAACCCCUGGAAAUGGCAGUGUGAGAAAUAACUCCUUCUUCUCAACCGUCGACACAUCCGAUUGUGGAAAACAUUCUCAGAUGAACUUUUCGGGAAGGGCGGUUUCUCGCCGUGUUCUGCAUAAGGGCGAUUUUGUUCUUCAGCGUAUCUGGAGUACAUAUUCACCUAGCUCGGUUGGUAGGAAGGCACACUAAUCUUCGUUUCUGACUUAGCGGGAAGAAUCUGUAGAAAUUUGUAUAUUGUCCUGCCUACUUUUUUUCUUAGGAAAUAUAUUUUUCCAGUAGUUCCAUCAGGCGUUCUACUAAGUAGGACGCCCAGAAAAGCGAGACACUCUCCAUCCCUUUUCCAAAGUGAGGGCUAACACUAAGUACACCUGAUUCACUAUCCAAGAGGAUUCUCAGAUCAAGCUUUUCAUGCGCUAUUGUAAAAAUGGCAUGAACAUGUCCAGCAUAGGAAGAAAGGUCGUUUCUAACUGGACAGGGCUGAUUUUUCUCCACUUUCCCUUAUGAAGGCAUGAGCUAGUAGAGGUUCAAGGGGUGGUCCUGUCUCUAGGCCACCCAUCUGGCGGUAAAAUCGGCCAUUGAAUCUGAGUCUAAUAUCGGCCGCAUCGGGAAAUCUGGUUUGUGAAUCUUUGGGAAACCAUGUAGCCUUGAGAGGUAUUUUGCCUGUGGGUUUAAGAGCCCCGAACUCCUUAUCAAUAAGGCAACCUUGGUAUUUCAGUUUGCGAAGACAUUUUAGGAGUUGGAAAUCAAUGCUCUCAGUUUGAUCCUUAUUUUGCCUCCCUGUCAUCGGUCGGGAUUGAUUCGAUUUUUAAAACGUAACCACUAUCAUUUAUCAGAGCGCGACCAGAAUCUCUGUCGAGUUUAACGACGAGUAGUUUCUUGUCUUGACAUAAUUAUGCCUACAUUUUGACAGAUUGUCGAGGGGACUUCUAACCAGUUUCCACGUUCUUCUUAACCAUUCUGAUAUUUUUCCCACCAUGUCCUGUUGACGGAUCAGUCGAACAGGGUAAUCACGUGUGGCCCGUCUAGGUGGCUGCGGACAACAAUAAUGGGUUCCUGGCAAAGCCGCUUUUUGCAUUCAAGUUGUCCUUCGCGCAGUUUUUUGAUAGUAGGCAUUCCAAAAUUAUUGCAAAACAACUCAAGGGGCUCUUUACCUAAAGAAGUUGUAAAGACAAUGUUCCGACAGGGCAACGGGCUCGUGGUCCUGUGAGUAGAGGCGUUGACUUCUAAACCAAUAGGUCGCGAGUUCGAGGCUCGGGUGUUCCACACUUCGGGCUUGGGUAUGGCUGGCUGACGAUGGCUAAUAAGCCAGAAAUGGCCAUUCCAGUCUCCCUUGUCUUUGUCGGUAAUGCCAUUCUGCCUACAAUGUUCCGUGCUUGUUUUCAAAUGAUUCAAGUACUUUUCCCCUAUAACAAUAAAGGCUGGACUUCCUGCGCUCACUUCAUCCCAACCAUCGUCGAGCAGGGGAUUUUAGUACCUUUCUACGACUUCUGGGACUAGCAUCCUUUUCUGUACCUAAUAAGACUACAAAAUCCGUACCUGCUGCAAAUGUGUUAACCCAACUGCCGGACUACGCCAUAUCGAUUGCCAUUUCCGUUACUUAUUCACAUAUUUCAUGUCCAACAGGCACUUUAUCAAUCAUGUGCAGUCGCCCUAAGUAGUUUUAAGUGGAGCUUACAGACGAACCAACGUGAUAUUGCUGCAGGCAAAAACACUUUCCUGUGGGCGCAUUCGAAGAAACGUUCGUGCCGCAUAUCGGUAGUGGGCAUUCUCAAGGAGUAAGAAACGAGAGUCAGUUGGUAAAAUGUUAUGUCUUGAAUUUAUUCCAAAAGUCCUUCCUUCACAGCGGGCCUUGUGAGUUGACCUCUCGCACCAGUUUCUCCCAGACUACUGUCGUCAAAAAAUGAGGGAGUCGUCCUGACGUCUGGGUCUUUAAGCACUCUCCACCGUUCCAAGCCACCUUUAUUACAAAGGUCACCUAGUAAUAGCUACUUAAACCCUAUAGAGCACAAACAUCGGAUUAGUGCCAACAAAUACAUGGGAUGAAUGAAUGGCCAGUUCCGGUCUAUUCGCCGUUGAUAACAUCUAACUCCUUGCAUAUCCUACCUGAUGAUGCUUUAUUUUUGGUCGGACAACUCGUCGGUGAAUCCUGGUUUCCUUUUUGACUGGUCUACUUGCUUUAUCCGUGCUAAGCUGCUGACGUGAAGCUAACUGAUGGUUUUGAAAAUGAAGUGCGGACGUCCGAACGAAAACAUGAAGGCCCAUACCAUUGGGCCGGUCUUGCCCGAACUUUGAAGUUCAUGGAGGCUGAGGGUGUGCGAUUUCGAAAUUUGUCCUUGCACUUCUCAAGCCUAUCAGUACGAUAUUAUGAACCAUCAGGCAUAACUACUGGUAAAAAGAAGCUCAUUUUCGAAUGAGAAGACGCUGUCUGCAUUGAAGGACUGCCCAUGGCCAUGGGUUGGGAAAGUAAUUCUGACAAAGUUAAAGGUCUAACUGCAUAUUUGACAGCACUUUGUGGCAGAAUACGUUUCUAGCUUCAGAUGUCUAAUUGGCUUGGAUUUUCAGCAUAACCAGGCAAAAGCCGCGUCUCAGAGAGAUUUCUGAUCGUGCAAUUUUUUCGUUCCUCAUAGUCUGUCUCCAGAAAUGCCAUGAUUUUUAACAUGAGGGUGUAUACCGAUUUUCUGUUGAGCUACAAGGUAAAGUUGAAAAUUUUCCGACUUUGCGAGCGUGCACAUGACACUAUUUGCUUAUGGCGACUUGAAGAUGUUUUGGUCGGCACUUUUCGGAAGUGCUUUCUCUCGUGUCCUGCUCAUAACAUUCUCAAUAAUAAACUGAGACGACGCCUUGUGUCAGUUCACGUCCUUGUGUCCUUCAGGCAUAUUCUGCCUUCAUUCAGCCGAUCAUAAUCCUGACCAGCAGCCGUAACCAGAAGCACAAACAUGCGCUCGUACACGGCUUAUUAGGUCGCCUGCGUAUUCACGAAAACGGGCGGUAGACAACUGCCGGCCACAUCACAUAUCCCCCAACAACAAUCGCAUCGCACAACAAUAUCACCACUGCAAGCCCUCGAUUGCUACGCCACACGCAAGUGUGCUUCUCGACGCCAUCUGCAUGCUGCUCCUCUGCUGCAUGUGUGAUCCGAGCCUGAGACUAUCACGGUGCGCCAAACGCCGUGGCUUGGGAGACUGACGCCUCAAUUCGGUCCGCGCAGUCUGCCCAGUUGUGUGAGCGUUAGUGUAGAAUGGUAAACUGGUGGGCUGAAAGCAAGGCUGUCACGGCUCCUUUUUAAAGUGACCUCUAGCACUCUCAUGCAUGUGAGGAGUGUGUGUUACUUAAUGGGUAGUGCUUUUCAGUCCUGACUGACUGGUUACGCAGCCUUUGAAGGAUGAUAGCUCAGGUAAAUUCAGGGCUGUCUCACUCCUCUGGGUCCCAAGGUUUGUGAGCGUUUGCUAUGCCAGUACCAGCAAACCAUGGCCCUCGCAGUCUGGUGUGCGCCGGCAGUUUUCCGGCGCCUGGUUCUCUGGCGGUAGAUGCGCUUGCGCCCCCGUUGGGUCUACAGGCCGUGUGCGUGACUGCCCAGUCAUCCACGCCCUUUCUGUUGUAGUUGUUAUCGGUCAAAAUCCUGGUCACGUACUUGUUGUGAACCAGGGAGUGCGAGUAGAGCGCAAAGAUGCAGGUUCGGCCGCGCCAUCCACCUGCUCCCUCCCCACUUCCGGUUUUCUUAACUCGGUCUGGACACGGGGUCCAGUUCCAAAGGGGAGUGCAGUAGGUGCUACGCAAGCCCACUCUCAUUAUAAACUAAUUCACACGCAAUUCACCGUGCUUGCUCAACCUUCCUGUAGACCACACGGUGGUCAUCGUCGGCAACGACGGUCGAACUAUCAUCGCACGGUGCAGAUUGUCCAUUGGCGGGGUCUAGCAAAUUUGUCAUGAGCACUUUGUCGAACCGAAGUUUACCCAUGUCUCUCCGCUUGUCAUUAUCUGCCGCUGCAGAUUUAUUAUAACUUCGGCCUGGUAUUUCAUAACCUGUUUAUGAUCUCUGCCACCCAUACGGAGCUUGUUUGCUUCAGUGUGCCUGAACAGCUAACUUCGUUCAAGCGUUGGGGUCGCGGAUCGUAUACUGCCCGAUCGUUAGCCUGAACUUCAUGUGCGUGCGGCCUAGGUUGAUUGGGUUCUCCGGCUUAAUCAUGACUACCUUGCUGACCUUAUCUCUCUGAGUUCUGGUUCUGGAAUGCAUUACUGUAGGAUACUGCAGCUUGCGUGACAUCCUACAAUCGUCCUUUUUAGAAUUGAUACUUAAUUCCUCAAUUAAAUGUCGAGCCUAUUUUACUCUGAGUAGCUAUCAAUUUGUGUCGUAUCUAGGUUUUUAUUGAGACUUUUUCCCUUCCCAGACUUCUCAUAUCGUCGUCACUUGCUCCGAUUUAUUUAUUCCGGGCGUUGGCGUCGGACGUCUUCGAUCUACGAAGCAACGCGGUAAAGAUUCUAAUUUCAAAAUGAUCCCCAAAAAACUAUUUCUAGAUAUAGACGGAGCCGUAGCAGUGCCAUCUAA